GCAAAGUUUUCGUGGACACACUGCGUUUAUCCGAAGUUCGUCAGCUGAUUUUUGGUAGUCGUUUCCAGCGGUACUACUCUACCAUCUAUUAACAUCAAUGUGUAACAGGACGUAAUAUGUCGUCGUAGAGAAUAGUAACUGAUAUACCGAAGGACAUAUCCAAUUGAGUACCCCGUUGUAACAUUGUCAGAAACCAAGUGAUGGGCGGCUGCUAUGAAUUCGACAUAGAUACCGUCCGAACUUCUGGUCAGGAGCUGGGACUUGGUGUUUCAAAUAUCCGGGAUCCUGACCGGAGCAGUGGCAUCGUCAUCUCAGAGAUACUGCAAGACAGCCCACUUAGCGGCUCAGUGAGAAUUGGCGAUCAAAUCCUAUCGGUGAACGGGAUAUCCUUGAGAGAUGUUUCCUAUCGUGAUGCAGUUCAAAUCUUGCGAUGCGUUGGGGACCACGUAGUUCUUCGCAUUCACAGGUGCAGUUCCGGUGGUGUCAGUUUCAUUAGUCCACCGGAGGCAAUGCAAUUUCCAGUUCCCGCUGGUCACCGAUUAGAUCCUUCGCCUGUUCAUCAUCCGUGCCAACAUCCACACUACGUAUUACCGCAGUCGAGGAGUAAAGUUGAGUUAAAUCAGCCGAACUGCGGCUCAGCACCACUAACCCGAUGCCAAUCCCAAUCUGCUGCCAGUCUAUUUACUUGCGAAUGUGAUAAACAAAAGGAACUUGCCACACUCCAUAUUGAUAAACGCGACAACGACGAAAGCCUUGGAGUUGAACUGGUCAGCCGUAUAUUUGUUCAGUCAGUUGCAGAAGGAGGAAUUGGCGAGCAAGCUGGACUAAGGCCAGGGGACUGCCUGGUCGCCCUCAAUGGAGUCAACACGGCCCACCUGAGUUUAGUGGACACAGCGAACAUGUUGCGUCGUCAAGAGACUUUGUUGGAGGUAGCCCGCCCUAUAGUAGACGAGGCGAGUGGACCUGCAACAAUAGCCCAUUCACAAGAGCUUCUCCACGACGGUAACGAUGCGGUUACAUUCAGGCGAUUCCAUUCCAACACAAAAUGGUCUCAACGUUAUGGGGCUCAACCCACCAGGAAUGUGGCCACCACCAAGUCUGCAUCGAUGCAUGAGUUGCGUAAUCCACUUUCUCGGUGUCAAAGCUGCUCAAAAUUACUAUAUGCCGAUGAAUAUGCAGAAACACGAUCCCUUCCACAACCAACACUUGAGACAGAACUCCACGAAAAUCCGAUGCAUGUACUUUACUGUCCGCCCCGACGUAGUGCUAAACCAUCCAGUCGCACUCUUCAACGAACUAGAUCAACAAAAGUUGAUCCUCGAUGGAUUAUGGAAUCAAACGCCACGCUAUCCACAGACGAGGGAGAUUAUUCCUCUUCGGAUACCGCCACUCUUGAAGGACCGUCCUGUACAGUGGAUAGAUCAGAGCCAAAGGGUCGAAAGUUGUUGUUCCGAGUGGAUCCACAACGCGGUACUGGGUUGGCUCUUGUCGGUGGAAAUUUGUCUGGUGUGUUUAUUUCAGGAGUCCUACCCGAUUCGUUGGCCGACCAAGCGGGUGUCAGCGAAGGCGACCAAGUGAAACAGAUAAACGAUUUGAAUGUGGAUGGAUGGACAAAGGAGGAGGUGGCUCUUGCAAUGAUUGCUGGCAAUGAACCAAUUGUUCUAACACUGGUACAUGAUCCCGCUACAUACAACGCGGUACUACAAUCCGAAGAGUUGUCGGAAUCCUUGACUGUUCGUGCCUACUUUAAUUUGCAACCCUCAAGUGCACAACAGCCGGCCAGUGGCAGAUUGCAGUCCACCACAAUUCUACCAGAACUGGCCAUUUCCGAGGGAGACAUCUUUCACGUCGUUGAUACUUUUAUUAAUGGCGUUUUUGGAAACUGGAAAGCUAGUCGUGUUUAUCCCGAUCUCAGUUGCAUUGGCCUCAUUCCCAACGCCCAGAGGGCAGACGAUUUACUGGAGAACCAGACUGCGCCUGGAUCCUUCCGGGCACCGUCGGCUUAUGAACGUGUGUUUCCGCUGGAGCAGUUUCCUUUUCCACGUCCGGUGGUCAUCUACGGCCCACUGGCAACCCUCGCGAGACAUCGAUUGCAAUGUGCCGGGCAGCAGUCACAUCUCGAAACCGGAAUGCUGACAACGCGCUUUCAUAUUCCCCCUGUCAAUGCUAUGUUGUCCAACGUCAGUUCUUCGAAUUCAACCGCCAGCGGCCUUAUUAGGCUUAGCGCCAUUAAAGCUUCCAUGGAUGAAGGCUAUCAUUGUCUGUUGGACAUCAAUACUGCUGCGAUUCACCGUCUACAGCUGCUUGGCAUUCCACCCAUUGUAAUCCUCAUCACCCCCUCAUCACAAAAACAGUUGCAGAUGGUGUUGUUACAUUACUGGGAGUUGGAUCGGCACUCACUGGCCCUGAUUCAUCCAGAGAAAACCGUGCACAAACGCAAAGACAUCACUUGGCUUGCAGAGAGACUUUGGGAUGAAGUACUAGCCCUUCAACGAUUCCGAAGUCACCUAAUAACGGACACUGUGCCAAUUAACACAGAGAACACACCGGGGUUGUCUUUUUCUGAGUUGGACUGGCUGAAAAACCUGGUAGCUGUAAUAGAACAUCAACAGCAUUCAAUGGUGUGGAUUGGAGAAGAGAGUCAGAUGGCCGAUGAGAUAGAAAAUAUGGCCACCAUGAAUGACGAUCUCAACAAUACUGCUGGAAUGGAUUUGAAAGAUACUCAAGCCUACCCUAGGAUACGAAAAUCCAGCAGUUGCGGGUCAAAGCACCAGUACCACGCCGAACGCGCUGGGACUAAAACAACUGGGCAAGCUGACGGUCGUGGCAGAUACCGUGAUCUAGCGAGUGAAUUCGCCCGUGCAAAAGGAGAUGCAGCCAACGAUUUAAAGAGUAUGGUUGGUCGUCUGAAGCCCAUAUCAACAACAAGCAAUCCGGCACCACAGGGUGAUAUACUGGAGUUAAAAGCCGAUAAUCUGUUGCUGCGCAGACAGAAUUCAACACGCGAACAAAACAAGAGUAUCCGGACAAACACUUCGUUGGAUGAAUCAAUGGACUUGUUUCCUGGUUGGUCCGCUACAGGGGGAAGACAUUACCAACACCUCCACUCCAGCUCGUCGAAUUUGGAACUGGAUUUGCUGCCUUCCUUCAGGACACAUGCCGUUGGUAUUUUCUUUAACGAAAAUGAUAUGCUUGAAGGUGGGGCCGACAUCAUCGAGGAUUCCUUCUGCACUCAGCAAACAGAAGAGCACGAUGGUUUGGACUCAGUGAAGCUCCCGAAAUCUGCAGGGUUAACAAGACGAGGCGAACCAGUUUUUCCCUCUCGUGUUGAGUCAGUCCAGAAAAUCUGCACAGCCCGUUCAGAUGGCACGAUGACUGGUGCACGUUCUGUUGUUUCCUCCGCCGCUUUUUCAAUUUCGAAAACAAUUUUAGCCGAAUGCGCUGGGGAAUUUGGUUACGAAGGUGGUGCCUUGGAACUCCCUGAAUACAAAGUGCGCUUGCAGAUUCCACAGGGAGCAUUAGCUCCUGAGUGUAAAAGACAGAGAGUAUUUCUGAGGAUCUAUGAUGGGAGUUUGGACAUUCCUUCGAACAGUACUAACAUGACACCACGUCUCAUCAGCCCAGUUGUGAUGUGUGGUCCACACGGACUUCGCUUCCAAACUCCUGUCCAGCUCACGCUUCCUAAAUAUCAUGCUGACAGUGAACCUGAUGAAGUGAAAGACGACUGGAAAAUUACACUCCUUCAUGCAUCGGCCAACUCAACAUCCGCUGACGAUGAGUCUGUUUAUUCCGCUAGCGCCAGUCGAAGACACUCGCCCAGUUGGAGUGAAGUACCAUUGGCCAUGAAGUCGGAUGUCCAUCGAAAUGCCAGUGAUAGAACCGCAAUUGAUGACAUCACCAGCAUUCCGCUUGGGAUAACUUCUCAAUGCGAAGAUUCAAAAAUUUCUAUUUUGAUCGAUCAUUUCUAGUUAGAAAUUGAUUUUUAGUCAUGGAAUUCGCCUUGUGUAUUUGUAAACGACAAACAAUAUACAUUGUGGGAGGCCUGGG